UGGAUGGAGAUGGUAUGGGUGAAAAUGAGGUUGAGCUGACGUUUUCACAGUCAAGUGAAGGGAGAAGAAGGUCUGUUCGAUUUAACAAUGAUGAUAACAUUAUACCAAACAGAGCUGGUGGUAACAGCAGUGGUCUGUUGGCUCCAGGUACACACGGAUCUCUUAAACCGGUGUCGGAACACGUCCUCACCCCAGUACCAUCGCCUCUGCCGCCAGAGUUUUUUCGAAAAGAUUCAGCGACUAUUGAACCGGUACGACAAGAUGUCAGUGCAGUGGAAACGCUUCUUCUUCGACUUUUGGACGAUCUGAAUAAUGCUCGCCUAUCUCGUGAAGACCUUGAAAUGCUAGCCACCUAUUGCUUCGGGAUUCUUAAAGAUCACGACGAGGAUGAUACUGGGGAGUUGGAGGGUUUUGAAAUACAAAAGGAUCUGAAGAAAACAUCUUCCUGUCGUGUCGCAAAUGAGCUUAUCCAGUUUACUUUGCAUAAAUUAUUGAAGGAUAUAAAGAGUGGGGCCAUCCAAGAUGGAGAUCUGACAGCCAUAACCAAGUCUCUGGUUAGUCAGCGCCAGCAGAGAUCAGGAAAUCCCCUGGAUGACGACAUUUACGAUCAUGUUAUGGAUACUCUUGAAAGAGUUGGCGUAGAGUUGGGUGGAAAGGAAGACAGUGUGAAUGAUAAUCUCGGUGCAGAUGACUUUAUCUCCGAUACUUUAUGUCAAGUUGUAGACGAUAUUAAGAGCAAGAAAUUAUCAGAAGCGGAUUUGAUUAAAAUUGGAUCAAACGCGAUAGCAGCAAGCAAAGAUGAAUCAACGGGUAUCCGUGCGUCGGAGUUCAAACCGUCGUUAGUGAAACUUCUCCAAGAUCUGAAUGAAAAGAAACUGAAAGUAGACAGCACAUUGUCUGCUAUUAUUUCAUCUUAUUACAUAGUUAGCAAACUCAAUAGAGAAGCGAUUAAAGACUUUGUGAAGGAAAUAUACCCUAAGCUUGUUCUUGGAUUAAAUCAAGUGAAUGAUGCCAACUUAAAGACCAAGUUAACAACGUUAGCUGCUGAUAUAGAAGGUGAUAAGUUGGCCGAGUUAGAAGUACAGGAAGUUGGAAAGGUAAUACUGGAUGCCGGGAAGAAAUAUCUGGCUCAAAGACAGACAACUAAUGAAACAAAAUCUUCUCCAAGUAAAGAUGCCCCAAUAGGUUUUAAGGAUUUGACAUCCGGGAUAAGAAAAAACGUAAACAAAAUUGAUUUCAGGAAGGUUGUUUUUAAAGCGUUAGCGGAAUAUUUCGUCAGUAGCGAGAAACCGAGAAGUAAUUCCAAGAGCGGCUAUAGAUCGAUACAUAUGCCAGCAUCAUCUCAAUCUAAACUAGCUGUUAAUAUCAUUCUAACAACCAUGGAUAGGAUUACUAGGGACGUCUACACCAACCAAAUCCCAACAGUUAUUUUAACUUCCAUAGCAACAUUCUUGUUUCAUCUGGCCAAAAAACACCCAACAAUUCAUGAUCUGGAUCAACAAUUUCCAGAAACGAAACCUAUGGACGUCUUAGAACACAUGUUACAUCAGAGCAAACAGAAUAAAAUUACUUACAGGGAUACAAAGAGAAUCUUCGCAUCUAUUUUUCACAGUUACGUCGAUCCGAUAGUUGAUGACAAGGUACCAGAAUUUCAAGAAAUAGACCAUAAAAAUACGCUAUUGAUCGGUGAAUUGAUUGACGAAACCAUCAAUCAUAUUGUCAGAACAGUGGCUAUAGAAAUAAAAGAGAAGCUUCCAGGAGAGCAGAUUGCUGUAAUAGAAAUCGAAGAUUUGGUGCGAGAGGAGCUUCAUGGUUUGGGGGAUUCCUCUGGACGUUCACCAGAAAUAAAGCAUAUCGAAGGCGACCUGAAUGAACUUGUGAUGGAGUGCUUAAGCAAAGCUGCCUGUGACAUCGCUAACUAUGUGGAAGGUGUUGAUUCAGAAGCUUCAUUUGCAAGUUGUACUAAGAUAGACGAAGCUUGUUUUAGUAGUCGUGUGGUGGACUUCAUACUGUCAGUCAUAGACCAUUUAAUUAAAAACUUUAAGAACGGUGAUAUUACGUCCGCGUCAGUUUGUGAAUUUCUGACAUAUGUCUUAAAAACAAGUCAUGUCGGGAUGACUGAUGAUCAUUUAAACGAACGAUUGAAUCUGUUGAAAACUGAUAUAGAACAGAGAAGGGACGAUUCAUCUUUUUUCUCGUCAGUAGCAGUUCUUUUCUCACAACUGACUUUAAAUCCGCGUUCCACGUCACCAGAACUUUGUAUCCUCAGUAAAAUUCUGUCCUCAAUUGACGCCAACGUGCUGCUCGAGUUUGUUCAAGCUGCCAUGUUGUCCGUGCUCACAUACAUUAACGAGGCACCACGUGAACAGCUGGAGUUACCAAUAGACGACGAGAACUCACUAUUCAGAGUCGAAUCUUUUAUCCUAGUGAGGCGGGUCAUUAGUUAUGUCAUCAAUAAGAUCACAGACGAUGUCAAAUCACAAGCAAUGAAAACAUCGGGAAGUAAAAGUUUGUUCAAAAGAUCGUCCUUUAAGAAGGUAGACAACGCACCCGAGCAUGACAUGAAGCUUCGGGAAUGCGUUUUAGAUAAGCUAAAUGAAACUAUCAUAAACCUAAAGUCAGAAUUAGGAGUCGAUGACGGGAACAUUGAUCAACACAAAUUAAGUCCUAUGACAUCCAUCGAUAACAAUAUCCUGAUCCAAAUGGAGAAGAUAACACAGAUGAUUAAAUGCCGAGCAGCUGGAGGACCCUGUGCUACAUCAACUAAAGAUGACUUAUUUGCCAUAGCUGAUGUGAUGAAAGAAGUUACUGAGGAUAUGACGGAAGCCCUUGGGAAUGUUUCCAAUCUCAAUCUGGCAACAAAUAUUUUCUUGACGGAUCUUACUUCAGAUAAUGUGGAGCAGCUAGUCCUUCAAACGAUCCAUGAUGCACUUACUAGUAUGCAAGCCGAGGAUGUCGCACACCUUGAUAAAACGAUGAGUCUUUCAAUCGUUUCGUCCAAAAGCUCACACUUGCUGGUGGAGAUGUUUACAGAAGUGCUUUCACGAACUGUUGACAAUGUCAAACAGAACAGAAUAGGCCGAGAAAAUCUUACUGCAUUAGCGGAAGACCUCGCGGAAAAAGUCGGUCCAUGUCCGAAAAGCUCGUUUGAUUCAAUGGACGAAACAAUGUUAACUGACUUUGUUGUAGAAUGUUUGUCCGAGUUUAAAGAACGGGUAGAAGCUGGGAAACUGGAUAAAAAUGUAAUGGAGGAAGUCACACGUAGAAUGGCUUUAAUGCACAUAGAUAAAUCAAAGAGUAGUUCGUCUUUGUGUUCAGUAUCUUCGAUGACCGUCGACAUAAUGGUUACGAAUGUUUUGUCGUCAAUAAUAACAGAAACAGGCAAAGCUCAAGCACUGACUCAGGUAGAACACAUGGCAAUUCCUUCCGGUAAAAGUCUCAAUGAAGCGGAAUCCUUGAAUGAAGUGAUCUUAAAACCCAUAGUAGGCACCAAACCCUUAAACGUAGGCGAAGAUUUGAUUUCGCCAGCACUUUCCGCCAUAACGAUGAAAACGAGAGCUAGUCACCAUAAUCCACCAGAAACGGAACCUCGCCAAUCAUACAGAAGUCUUAUCUGUCCAGACAUUCGUGAUAAAACAGCCAAGGGAGCCAUCACAGCGAUUGUAGGUAGUGAUAAAAUGGGAAGCGGCGCUGUAGUGAAUCUGAAUGAAUUAGAAGAACUCAGCGGAGAAGAAACUUGUGCUUCAGAUACUGAAUCACAGACUUUUAUUAUAACUGAAUUAACAGGUUCCCAGGCGUCUGCGGGUCCGGCUGCAGGCAAGUCGUCUAAGACGCAUAAAUCCGCGGAGGCAGUCACCAAAACAAGCAGCUCAGACGCCAAACCUAAAUCGUCGACCACCGGCAAAUCUUCAACUACAGUGAAAUCAAAGUCCAAAACAUCGUCUUCAAGCGUCACCAGCAAACACAGAAAAAGUCAGACGACACACAAAGAAAGUAUGGAAGAGCUUGUCCAUGUGCACGAUGUCCUGACAGACCCCAAGUCUACAGAAUCCCAGAGUCAAGUUGGAGCAACUCAAGUAAAAUCAGUAUGUGGGUCACAUCGGUCUGCCAUUGUUGUAAGAGAACAGGAGGAGAACGUUGAUUCACGGUAAAAGUCUUUAAGGAUUUUGACCCGGACGAAGAUACUGAUUGCUUAUACUGAUGUUAUUUUGAUACUGGUACAGCUAUAAAGGUUUCUGUCUGUUAAUCUGGCUAAUUGAAGCAUUAUAUAUAUCUUGCCAACAAAACAUGUUCGAUAAACACCUCACUGUUUCAAUUAAUUAUCACUAAUAACGAGUGCAUCUUACCCAUAACCAUGAAAUUCCAAAAAACACAUUAUAUUCAAAUAUAUAUGCUAAUUAUUUCCUAUUUAAGCCAAUAUUAUAUCGUUCACUAUUAUUAUAUGUAUAUUUUUCUCUAUAAAGUCUCAUCUUAAAAUAAUAAGUUAAUACGACUGGAUAAUUUUGUUUAUAAAUAAUAUUAUUGUCAUGGAGUUAAGUCUCGAUCAGUAGCACGAGUUUUACAAUAGGUAGCUACCGCUACUAGGCUGGAAGAUUAAUAAUUCCAUUUUUAUAAAUAAAAUAAAUCAUUAUCCAGGGGCGGAUCCAGGAUUUUUUCAGAAAGGGGAGGGAGGACGUGAUUCCCCCACUUGGAAGUGCGAAUCCCGGCCCUCGGUUUCGGAGUAAAUUACGACAGGUAUCACUACCAUGUUUAAGUAUUUUUGUUCUCCUUUCCCGCAAAUUGUUCACCAUCGCAAAAAAUAGUGUGUGUGGGGAGGGGGGGGGGGCG